CUAGCCCGUCCCAUGAUUUCCUCUUCACUUGUGGGAUAUUUUGAAAAAGGGAUAGGGCAUCAACUUGUCAAGCAGCUUUUAGUAUUGUUUAAUUCAUACAUGGCUCUGACUGCAGAGGCUGGCACCACUGUUCACCCAUCCAACCUUUCCUGGCAAACAAAGGCAGUUGGAGUACUUGCAGGUAGACAAUCCUCCAUAAAUAUCACAGGUAUGUACAGGGGCAAAUGCUGGAUACAGUCUACAAACAUGUCUCCCUGCUUUUGAAAUUUAAAAUGCAUAGUAUAAAGUAAUAAUGCUUUAUCUUACAUUACAACUGAAUCAUUUUACAUCACUUGAAAUAUAGAUGUACAUUUGUGGCUGUAGCAUUAAUGAAAAUAGGUUGUACAUAAACAUCAAAGAAUAGAGGAAGACACAUUAGCAGAGAGUAACACUGUUUAGGGCCAUACAUUUUAUGCAUUCCACUGUCCACAAUUCAACAUUGGUGUGACACCAAAAUGUGCUUUUUUUCCCAUUUUUUAUUUACGUUUAGACGGCAAGAGACAUAACAUACAGUGCAUAUAUAAGCAUACAUAUUAUACAGGGUGGUCCAAUUUUUAAGAUGACAAUACAAGGUGCCAUCUCCUCAAAAGUGAGAUAGAGGAGAUUAGAGCAUGAAACUGAAAAAAAGAAGAAAUAGCGGAGAAAGAUACCAGAAAGCAGAGAUAGAUAAGAAAGCUGUGAAAAUGAGAACCAGAAGCCCAAUCCACCAAAGGAAAAAAGGGCUAUUUUAAUAUUAGUGCAGCAUCACUAUAGUACCAUUAAUAAUGCAACCAUUUUAAAUGAUGCUUCUAGGGAUCGGGUGCAUGUAUCCAUCCUGGUAAAAUAUUUUUAUAAGUAAAUAAAAUUAGGAUUGGAGUGAAGUUAUGGUAAGAGCAAAAAAAUCGCAUGAUCUUAAUAAGACUUAACAAAAUGUAACAUACAUGACAUUUAAUGCAAACAUUACCAUGCUUUACUUUUUUUUUUUACUUUAGCUUCAAAACGAGUUUUAAUAAAAUUAUAUAGAAAUUGCAAAGGCUUUGCAGAUUGUGACGUGCAAGUUAGUAUAUGUGCCCCUACAAGUAAUCAAUGAGUUAAAUAGUACAGAUGAUUUUCAAGUCUAAAAUAAAUAGCAAACUUUAGCUGAUUGGUUAACUUUUACCUCACAUUUUAUUUUUACAUAUUGAUAGUGUUCAAAUUAGGGAAUCCUUUAGCAAACAGUCGAUCUUGAGUAAAAGGAAUGAUGAUUUAGUUAAAUUGGAAAAAAUUGCAAACCUGUUGCAACCUCACCUUAAACACAUUGCUUCAUAAAAUGAUCCGAGUAGUUAUUUAUCAAGUUAUGUAAAGCAUAGUUAACGAAUAACAAAAAAAUUAAUUGCUGAAGUACUGCAAGUUCAUAUGCAUGUUCAGAUCAGUUACUGCAAUUCUACGACUAAUUCUCUCUGCCAUCACCUGCAUCACCUUCUGAAUAUGUUGGCGCUUUAUAAAUUCCGGUAAGCGUUGUUUAGCAUUUUGAACUAGAAUAGCACCUGUUUUCCCUUGAUAAACCUUUCCUAGUGUGUUCCCAUGGCGAUUGUUCCACUCUUAUAAUUUUAUCCGGGAACUGAUUGUCCCUAAUAAUCCCACAUAUUCCAGAAACUAAGUGUAAUAAUCACAACAAAUUUUCAUCUAAUUCCAAAAUUGCUUUGAUUAUUACAGAUAUGUAUAGUGAUUUAAAAAUAUGUGAUACAUUACACUAUGCUGAAUUAAUUCACUUAACAAUGAAUUGGAAAACAAACUACAAAAUUAGCUGAACUGAAAGCACAUUUUAUUUGGAGAAUUAGUUUUUUCCAACUCUGCAUUUUUCCCCUUACACUUACAAUUUAUUUUUCUGUUUGUCACAAAAAUUAAGACCUUGGCUACAAGUAUAAUAUUUGCCAAUGGUCUAUGUUUUAUUGUUGACUAUUUCCAAAGAAUCUCACGUUUUGUCCAAAUUCCUUAAUGGGAAAAUAUUCUCACAAUUCUAGAUGUGGUUAUUUUAAUAUGAGAUUGUAUCCUGUUCUGAAAUACCUGUUUCCUCUCUUACCAAUAUUUUGGCAAAUCCGUAGUCAGUUAAUUCAGCAUGUUGAUGCUAUAGCUAGGAAGUAGAAUAGAGAAACUCUGUCUUCACUGUUAAUGUUAACCUAUUUCUUACAUUGACCUUGUGAUGAUGUCUAGGUAUUGCAAUGAUGUAUAUGGAACAAUAGUUGAUGAUAAAGUGCUACCCCUUAAACCAGUAUUUAUAAGUAAAUCAAAUAUAAAAAAAAAAAAAACAAUUUUGAAAGGUGUAAUAAUGAACAUUUCUUGAAUGGUUCACUCAAUUACAAUUAAGAAUGUUACUUUCUAAAUAGCUCACAAACAAAAUUUAUUAUGGAAACCCUAAAUUGAAAGAUUUUGAAACAUUUGUUAAAAUAAGUAAGAUGCCAACUCAAGGCUCCACAUCAAGUUGCUAGUAAGGUACAGGUCCAAUUUAUUUUACAUUUCCCAUUGCAUAACCUUUCCUCUAUGUCAUGUUUUCAAUAUAAAUAUUAGAAAUAUGGUGUGACAGGCAGGGAUGUAUUUACCACAAAGCAAAGAAGGUAUUUGCCUAGGGCGGCACUUUCAGGUGGGUGCCAAAAAAUGCCACCCAAGCUCCCAGAUAAAUGCCUUGUUUGCCUCAUAUUCUGGGGCUGCCCACCUUACUGUGAGUGAGUGUAGCUGUCAGUGUGUGUCUGUGAGUGAGUGGAAGUGUGUGGUUUUUCAGUGAGACUGGGUGUGCCUGUGAGCGUGUGUCAGUAUGUGUAUGUCAUUUUAUGUGUAUCUGAGAAUGUGUGCCUGUCAGUGUGUGUGUGUCUGUCAUUAAAAGUGUGUGUUGGUUAAACCGUGUGUGCCAAUGACUAUAUGUGUGUGCCAAUGACUGUGUAUCUGUCAGUGAGUGUAUAUCAGUGUAUUUAUCAAUGAGGGCAUGUGUCUGUCAGUCAAAAAAAUAGCCUUGACACAAAUUGGGGGGGGGGCAAAUAUAGAUUUUGGGGGUGCCUGAGUUUAGCCGUGCCUACGGCAGCACAAAUCCAAACUACACCACUGGUGACAGGAUUGCAUAUGUACUGCCGCUCAUCCUCAUGUGAUAGGAAUUGUUGGAGGGCAUGCUCAGCAUUUAAAGGCUAUGGUGGUUGCGGUUUUUAUUGCAGCCAUUUUUAGAGGAAAAACAUUUGCUGCCAAGUUUAAGGCACAAUGUAUUGAUAUUGCAUGAAUGUUUUGAUAUUGAGUGAAUAUCAGGUACCCUUUAAAAGAGGACAUGUUUUGCAGCCAGUAAAGGCACAACUAUUUUAAUUUAAAAUAAUAGAAUGCUAUUUUAGGGACCUUUAUAAGUAUUAAAAUGCUUUAACAAGUAGAAGAAUUCUGCUUUACCUGAAUUUACCUACUCACCUGAAUUUAUAGGUAUCAUGAUUUGUACAUUGGAUGUUUCUAUUCAAUGCACAUUUGCUAUUCUCACAUUCUAUGCACAUCUUAGAGGAAUAUUAAUAAACAAUAAAACCAACCAGCUACAUUGAUUAGUUUAGAAAAUACCCAACAUACACACAACACUACCAGAAAAGAUAGUAAACAUUAUACCAUCUGUGUUUUAUGCUAGAAGAUUCACUUACAAAUGUAUAGAUUUUAUAAACAAACUACCAUCAUCUGUCAAAUGGUUGUACACAUGGACCUCUAUCUAUCUAUUAAUCAAGAAUAAGUAUUCAAUUUUCCAUAACUAUUUGCCCAUAAAAUUAUAUAAGGGAUAAAUGUACUAUUUGGAUGAGUGAGCUUAACGGAGCUCCUUAAUAACCUGUAAACUAAAAGUAUUGGAACAUAUUUGACAACAGCUUGGGGAAGCUCAGAUAUACAAAGAGUUUGCGAUGCUUGAAGUGUUUAAUUAUAAUGUGCUGUAUUGGCUAUAGAGUUGUUGUGGUGACACAAAGAUCAGAAGUAUGAAAUAAUUGUGUUCUGUUUCAUAGGAAGAAGAUCUGAUUAUCAUGGGAGAUUGGGAGUUUCUCGAAAAGUUGCUAGACCAAGUGCAAGAGCAUUCUACAGCCAUUGGCAAGAUAUGGCUCAUGGUACUUUUCAUCUUCAGAAUUUUAAUUCUAGGUCUAGCAGGAGAGUCAGUAUGGGGAGAUGAACAAUCAGAUUUCACCUGUAAUACAGAACAGCCUGGAUGUACAAAUGUUUGUUAUGAUAAGGCCUUCCCCAUCUCCCAUGUCCGCUAUUGGGUUCUCCAGUUUCUGUUUGUAAGCACCCCUACCCUGUUCUACCUGGGACAUGUGAUCUACCUAUCUAGAAAAGAGGAGAAACUAAAGCAAAAGGCGAGUGACUUGAGGGCUCUUGAUGAGAAGGAUCAAUGUGUCGAUGAUGCCAUUGCCGUUAUAGAGAAAAAACGUCUAAAAAUUUGCAUUCAAGAAGAUGGGAGAAUAAAGAUCAGAGGAGCCCUCAUGGGUACCUACACAGUGAGUGUCAUUAUGAAAAGUGUAUUUGAAGCUGGUUUUCUUUUAGGUCAAUGGUAUCUCUAUGGCUUUGUGAUGCCUCCACUCUACGUGUGUGAGAGGGCUCCAUGUCCUCACAAGGUGGACUGCUUUGUAUCUCGACCGAUGGAGAAGACUAUCUUCAUAAUUUUCAUGCUGGUUGUGUCACUCAUCUCUCUCUUACUUAAUGUGCUGGAGCUCAUUCAUCUAGUUUGCAAGAGCAUGUUGCAUACCAUGAAGAAGUAUUCUCCCUAUAUCUCCAGCAAUAAGUAUCCCAGAGAUGAUAUGUACCCAGGAAAAUCCCCUGAAAAUUCUGCAAUGCCUUUCCAAGAGAAAUCGUAUCUCUACCUCCCAUCCACUGACAAUAUUUCAUAUCCACCAUACAAGAUGCCAACUGAACAGAAUUGGGUAAAUUUUAAAACAGAGAAUCAGUUGGCCAUGAGUGGUGCAAACCAGUCACAAAUGGGUCAUUACAACCAUAGUGCAUUUACCCCCAUCUCUCCUGAGCCCCACACAGCAGCUCAGAAGCAUCCUAGCAGAGCGAGUAGCUCUGCAUCAAAAAAACAAUACGUUUAAUAAAGCAACUUAUAACAUCACUUCAACCUGGGACUGUAAUGCCAAGCUGGCAAGCACGCAGACAGACUUGACAGCUGACAGCUCCAAGUUACGAGAAAACUUUGGUGGCUUAAACUGCAAAACAGAGAUAAGCUUGCUGCUUCCUGUGAUUUUCAACAAAGGGCUGUGGAAGCCUUGAGGACUGUAGACUUUAAAAGUACAGAAAAACACAGUAAAUAACAAAGCUGGGUUAUCAGGAAAUUUCUUUUAAAAAAGAAAAAAAAAAGAAAAAGGAAUUACAAAGCUUGAAAUGGAAGACUAGUGCCAUGGGCAUUGUGCUAGUUGCGUGCAUUCAUGUCUACACGUUUCCUGUGACCAUUGCUAACUUUGUUUUUGGUUGAAACUUGUUUUGUUGCACUUAGUUAAGAGAGCUUAACUGUGAACUUCAAAUUAUUUAUGUUUUGACUAUUUACAACUAUCCUUAUCCCAGCAUACACUUGUAUCUGGAGCACUUUUAACGUGGAGAGCCAUAAAAAAACUUUGUAAUAGUUUGGAAACAUCUUCAUAUUAAAAUAGUGGAAUGUUUGUAGUGAUCAAAUAAGAUUGUGCAACUGCUGAUCAAUUUUUACAUUAUGGAGAAUUACAUGGUGAAAUGAGAAGUAUAUUGCCAGUCCUAGUUUUGACCCACAUUGUAAUGAUCAACAAGAACUGGUCCAAGAAGAUGUCAUGGAUAGUUUCAACAUUUUCAGCUCCAUGACCGCACAAGUUUCUUCAAACCAAUCUGCUGAAUAUGAAAAAAAAACAUGAGUGAAUGAACAUUGUGACUUUUAUAAAAGUGACUGCACUAUUUCUUCACGUUAGUGAAAUACUUAUUCAGUCAGCAUCAUGUAGAUAAUUGUGACUUGACCUUUGUGUUUAUUUACUUUCUAUUAUGAAAUUUGUCAGGUUUUUUUCUUGAUGGAAAUCAGUUUUAUUUGACAUCAAC